AUGCAGGUUAUUGCUGUUCUAGCUGUCCUCGGGGUGAUCGUGAAUAUUGUCUCAAGCAAAGUCUUCCCUAAUAAUGCUGUUUGGGAAUUCCUCGAUCUUCGAAAGGUAAUGGAGGGACUACCAAAGGAAGCCAAAAAGGAAUACAGGCAGAUAGACAACGAUAUGACCCUGACUUUAGCACAGCGCAAACAGAAGAAAAUGGAAUGGGCAGAGAAGUUUGGUGUUAAGCCGCAGUAUACAGAUUUUGUUAAAAAAAGAGUGGCUAUGCUGGAUAAAACCGCGGAACUCUUGGCUAGUUUGCCGAAGUUGUUCAAACAAUAUCGUGACACGUGGGAUGGAAAAAAACUUUUCAAAGAUAUAGAAGCAGAACUGAUGAAACUUGCUGCUAAGUAUAAGAAGGAGUACUCCGUCAUGAGCUUUGCAAAGGAUCUUGUGGAACGGGAAGGACGUAAGAUAUACUUCUAG